AUGAGGACGGUAGCCGGCCACCGUGUGGCCGCCGGGGUGCUGGUGCUGCUGGCUGCCGCCGCCGGCGCCGCCGCCGCCUACGAGCGCCACGGCGCAGACUUCUGCAACUGCCCCGAGACCAACACGCCCGUGUGCGGCACCGACCAGCAGACGUACCUCAACGACUGCAUCCGCGCCUGCGCCAACGCCAUCAAGCUGUCGGACGGCCCCUGCGACCCCGACUGCUACCCGCCUGAGGACCAGAACGAGAAUGGGGACUGGGAAUCCCGGGACCCCGUCUGCGCCUCUGGCAUCACCUACAAGAACAUGGCAGAGGCGAUG